CAGACCAUGGGUCUUUCAUUUGUUGCCAGCGACUUUCAGAGACUCUUCUCAAUUCCAUCUCUCUCCUUUUAGCUCCUCUGCCUCCGCAGCCACCGCGCCGCCUCCUCUUCCUCCUCCGCUAAAGUCGUCGACCCUGAAAGGUGUGGUUGUUGCUAUCCCUAAGCCAAAAAUAUGUAGUUAAGCAUGACAGCCAACGACCGAAUCAAAAGUUCUCCUGCUUUCAGUUCCGAAUAAUUACCUUGUUAUUCACUCUUUUGUUGCUCUUGCAUUUGUUUUUUUGGAUAAUCAAUCCAUAUAUUGCAUUGCAACGAGUGUUGAAUCCUGCGUAUAACUGAUGCUUGAAGUCUUUAUGCACGUUGGGUUUUGAUAUUCACUACCAAUGAGUUCAACGGUUUUGCACAUUAUGAAUAGUGCUCUAGAGUGGGUGACUGUGGCCUUGGAUGCUCCAUCUGCUCGAGCUGUUGUUUUUGGUGUUCAUAUUGGAGGACAUCUUUUUGUUGAGGGUCUUCUUUUUGUGGUCAUUCUUUUCCUGUUAACCCAGAAGAGUUACAAGCCCCCUAAAAGGCCAUUAACAAAGAAGGAAAUAGAUGAGCUAUGCAACGAAUGGGUUCCAGAACCCCUUAUUCCCGCUAUUUCAGAAGAGAUGCAACAUGAGCCACCAGCACUGGAAAGUGCUGCAGGGCCACAUACAAAAAUCAAUGGCAAAGAAGUUGUGAACUUUGCUUCAGCUAAUUAUCUUGGAUUAAUUGGGCAUGAGAAAUUAAUUGAGUCUUGCACCUCAGCAUUGGAAAAAUAUGGUGUUGGUUCAUGUGGUCCUCGUGGAUUCUAUGGAACAAUUGAUGUACACCUGGAUUGUGAGGCCAGAAUAGCAAAGUUUUUGGGAACUCCUAAUUCAAUUCUCUAUUCAUAUGGACUUUCCACCACCUUCAGUACAAUUCCAUGCUUUUGCAAAAAAGGAGACAUAAUAGUUGUCGAUGAGGGAGUCCAUUGGGGAAUCCAAAAUGGCCUUUAUCUUUCUAGAAGCACCAUUGUGUAUUUUAAGCACAAUGACAUGGAAUCUUUACAAAAUGUGUUGGAGAAAGUAACUGCAGAGAAUAAGCGUGCUAAGAAAUUGCGUCGAUACAUCAUUGUUGAAGCAGUAUACCAGAAUUCUGGACAAAUAGCUCCUUUAGAUGAGAUCAUCAGAUUGAAGGAGAAAUAUCACUUCCGUGUUUUGUUGGAGGAAAGCAACUCAAUUGGCGUGCUUGGCAGAUCUGGAAAAGGUCUUACUGAAUACUACGGUGUUCCAGUUGAGAAGAUAGAUAUUAUAACUGCGGCUAUGGGGCAUGCCUUAGCCACCGAAGGAGGAUUCUGCACUGGAACUGCUAGAAUCAUUGAUCAUCAACGACUGAGCAGCUCUGGAUAUACGUUUUCAGCGUCUUUACCUCCAUAUCUUGCCAGUGCUGCAAUUACUGCUAUUGAUGUCAUAGAAGAUAAUCCUGCUUUAGUAACCAAGCUGAAAGAAAACAUUGCUGUAUUAUGGAAAGGGUUGUCAAACAUACAGGGCCUCUCCAUCGCAAGCAAUCCAGAAUCACCUAUUGUUUUUCUCAGAUUAGAGAAGCCCAAAGGUUCUGUAAAAGAUGACCUAAAACUUCUUCAAGAAGUUGCUGAUCGAGCAUUGGAGGAAGACAAUGUAUUUGUAGUAGUUUCUAAGAGAUCAACAGUUGAUAAAUGCAGAUUGCCUGUGGGAAUCAAAUUGUUUGUUUCGGCUGCCCACACGGAAUCCGAUUUGCAUAAGGUAUGUGAAUCCUUGAAGAGAGUUUCAGCAUUGGUGUUAUAAUGGGUUGUUGCAUGUCAGAUUCCAGUGCUCGCACCUGCACAAAUGUACGUGUAUGGCGGACGACAUCAAAUCGGUGAUGGUUUUCCGAUCUGUAUGUCGAAAGUGUUGAAUCGAGUAACAUACAAUUGUGAGGAUGAGCAGCAGCAGAUUAAAUUUUAUGAAUGAAUGGUUGUAAAUUGUAAUUUUCAAGUGCUUUAAGAAUUCCUUUUAGAAAAUAAUGCAUUGUGAUAGAGGGAACACAGUUGAUCAAAUUUUUUUAAAAAAAAAAAAAAACCAUUAUUA